UCUCUUCCACCUUCCUCCCUUAUAACAGACACAGAAAAUAGAAAAUAUUCCAUGGCUUCCCUUCUUCAUCCACCUGUAGCACCAGAUAAUAACUCUAAAGUUGUAGAACUACAAACCAGUCUAGAGUUUAUUACUACAUUUGAGAACACGGUGAUCCAGCCAACAGAUAGAAGCAAAGGUACUCAGAGAGAGGAUGAGGGGGUUUUCACGACAUGGGAAGACUUGUGGGUGACUGUUGGAAGCGGAAAGAGUAAAAAACCAAUAUUGCAGGGUCUGACUGGGUAUGCCAAGCCAGGACAGCUUUUGGCCGUAAUCGGUCCUUCAGGAUGCGGCAAAACCACACUCCUUGAUGCUUUAGCAGGAAGAUUAGAUUCAAACAUGCAGCAAACAGGGAAGAUUCUAAUCAAUGGACACAGACAAGCACUAGCAUAUGGAACAUCAGCAUAUGUCACCCAAGAUGAUGCUAUGUUGUCAACCUUAACAGCCGGGGAAGCUUUAUAUUAUUCAUGCCAGCUCCAACUUCCAGAUUCAAUGUCCAUGGAAGAGAAGAAGGAGAGAGCGGAUUCUACACUCAGAGAAAUGGGUCUACAAGAUGCCAUCAACACAAGGAUUGGAAGGUGGACUUCAAAAGGCCUUAGCAGUGGACAAAAGAGAAGACUUAGCAUUUGCAUUGAGAUUAUAACACGCCCGAAACUUCUAUUCCUCGAUGAACCAACUAGUGGUCUUGAUAGUGCAGCUUCUUAUUAUGUUAUGAGCAGAAUUGCCAGUCUAAACAUAAGGGAUGGCAUUGAAAGAACAAUUGUAGCAUCUAUCCAUCAGCCUAGCAGUGAAGUUUUUCAACUUUUCCAUAAUCUCUGCCUUCUGUCUUCUGGUGAAACAGUAUAUUUUGGCCCUGCAUCUGAGGCAAAUGAGUUCUUCGCUUCAAAUGGUUUUCCUUGCCCAAGCCUCUACAAUCCUUCUGAUCAUUUCUUAAAGAUCAUAAACAAGGAUUUUGAGCAGGAUCCUGAAGAAGGCUUUGGUAAAAGAGUAACCACAGAAGAAGCGAUUAAUAUCCUUGUGGAGUCCUACAAGUCAUUUGAAAUUCGCAAACAAAUUCUGAAGGAAGUGGAAGACAUAAGCAAAAGUGAUUCUGAUGCAUUUGGGAAAAAGAGAACCCAUGCUGCAUUCGUUACCCAGUGCCUUGUUCUUAUAAGAAGAUCUUCCCUGCAUAUGUACCGGGACAUAAGCAAUUACUGGUUACGUCUUGCUGUGUAUGUUGCAAUAGCUAUAAGUCUGGGUACGAUAUUCUAUAACGUGGGCUCAAGUAUUGAAUCUAUUCAGGCUAGAGGAUCGCUGCUCACAUUUUUUAUUUCAGUCCUCACUUUCAUAACCCUUAUCGGUGGAUUCCCUCCAUUUUUAGAGGAAAUGAAGGUAUUUAAACGAGAGAGGUUGGAUGGACACUAUGGUGUUACUGGUUUUCUGAUUGGCAACACAUUAUCUGCUAUUCCAUACAUGCUACUGAUAUCUCUGAUACCUGGAGGAAUAGUUUAUUGCCUUUCUGGCCUGCACAAAGGACUUGAACACUUUUUGUUCCUGACUUCUGUGUUGUUUGCCACUGUUAUGUCUGUUGAGAGCCUCAUGAUGGUUGUUGGGAGCUUCUUCUCCAAUUUCAUAAUGGGGAUGAUCAUUGUCGGUGGAGUUCAAGGAGUCAUGAUAUUACUUGGUGGUUUCUAUAGACUGCCAAACAAUCUCCCCAAACCAUUUUGGAGAUACCCUUUAUAUUAUGUUUCAUUCCACAAGUAUGCCGUCCAAGGGUUGUUCAAGAAUGAAUUUGAAGGUUUAACAUUUGCCAGUGAUCAUGAUGGAGACAGCAAAACCACUACUGGCAGGGAAAUUCUGACAAACACAUGGCAAGUGGAAAUGGGCUACUCUAAGUGGGUUGACCUUGCAAUCCUGCUUGGAAUGAUUGUUCUAUAUCGGCUUCUAUUCCUGGCCAUCACUAAGACCAAGGAGAAUGCAAAGCCUAUGGUUGCAGCUAUUGGUUGUCCCCCAAGCAAAAUCAUGGUGACCCGCAGAGAUUAG